GCCGGCCUUGGCUGGGUUGGUCUCUCCGCUGUGUCUCCGCCGUCUCUCCGCGUUCCCGGGAAGUCGCUCUGUGCCAACAGGAAUGGCUUUCUCCUCCGGAACGUUGGGACAGGAUGCCGAAAUCCCCCGCGCGCGGCCUUUGCUGAGCGCGGGCCCCGCCGCCGUGAAUCCUUUCCUGAGCCUGCUGAACUCCAUCGCCUCGGGCCUGUCGGACGCGGAGCUCUCCCAGAUGAAGUUCCUCUGCAAGGACAAAAUUGGGAAGCGAAAACUUGAUGAGGUGCAAAGCGGCCGGGAGCUCUUCAUCAUCCUGAUGGAGCAGCAGCUGAUCACCCACAACAACCUGGAAUUCCUGAAAAAGAUGCUGCAGGAAAUGCGUAGGAGCGAUUUGCUGGCACAGGUGGUGCAGUUCGAAGAGGAAGAACCUCAUGCACCUGAUGAUCAGCCAGAUGUUCAUGAAAAACGUCUCCUGAAAGUCGCUAUUAAUGUCAUAUGUGACAACGUUGGGAGAGACUGGAAGAAGCUGCUGCGAGAACUCGGGAUGUCAGAGGUGAAGCUGGACAGGGUAGUGGCAGCCUAUCCAAAUAGUUUGUAUGAGCAGCUUUUUCAGGGACUUCGGGAGUGGCAGGUGCAGAAGGGGAAGGAUGCAAAGGUGGCUGACUUAAUAAAAGCCCUCCAAGCCUGCAAUCUGAAAUACGCUGCAGACAAGGUUGAAGAGAAGAUCUCACAGCUGAACAUGGAAACCAGAUGAAAUAGUGUAAAACUUUGAAUGAAAAAAGUCAGGGUGCCUUCUUCUCUUCUGAACCAAAAUAAUUAUCGCUGGCUGCUUAUCAUGCCAUUUAUUUAUGUGCCUUAAGAAGUUAAUUUAUGCUCAGGUAAAAAUUGACAUGGAAACAGAUUCCUUUCAGGGAACACUUUGUAGUUUGAUUUUCUUUCAAGAUAUUUUUAACUUUCACAAGAUCCAAACUCCAUUCUCUAGAAAUUGUCACUCUUGUUCUGCCACUCACCAUGAAAGAUUUGCUUUGCUGUAGUCACUUUUCAGAUGCAUCUCCACUGGAAAUACAUCCAUGGGACACUUCUGAGGCAACUGGAAUUUAAAAUGUCAUUGAGAGAUUGGAUUUUUUUUUAUGGCCUAUCAUAAAUACAGUGUAAAAGGGAGAAGGAGUAAACCUUUCAGCUGGAUGCUGGCUUUUCUUUUGGAGUAGCAUAAAGUAAUAUCUUAGGUAAUUCAUCAAAUAUAUUUGCUGUCCAUGAAAGGACAUUAAGACAACUGUAACCUCAGACUGCAGUGCAAGAGGGACAUUAAAUAUUGUGGUGGCUUUCUUGGAAAAAACGUGCCUGGGUUUGAAAAUGAAAUCAAACGUCUGCACCAAGUGCCUUCAUCAUCCCAGAGGAAGUGCUCUCCUGAAACCAUCCAAGAGACUGUGUGUCUCACAGAUGUUUACAGCAGCCUCUUUUCAAAGCUGUGACUUGCUGGGAAUCCUUCCAUGACCUCUGUCACAGAGGCUGCUCCUGUGUGCUGGAAGGUGUGAGCCACUCACAGAGGGAACAGGAUUCAUGAACCUGUGUCAGAUUCAGUUCUCAGCUUUCAUCUGGAACAAACUUCAGUCAGUCAGUGGCCUUCACGCCUGACCUAAGGCUGGAGAAAUUGCACAGUUGCACAGUCCAGGACAUGCAGGGCUGUAAGGCCUCAGGGAGGAGAAUCCCAUGAAAUCAUUACUGCUUGAACAGCUGUAGGAUCCUGCGUUUCUGCAGGCAUCUCCCAAGUGCCUGGCUAGAUACUGGAAGAGGUUUAAUUGAUGCUGCACCUUCCAGCUCUUCCCAAGUUGUUUUUAUGUGGUGCCAUUGCUGUGAAGGCCAGGUGUCAGCACAUAACCUGUCACUGCUCUGCAGAAAUGUCAUGGCACUGACAAUUUUCAAGUUUUUGUUGCUCAUGGUGCCUCUUACUCAAACAGUGAGGCUUAAUUGUAAUUAGUGAAAACUACCAUAAGUUCACAUGAUAGAAAAAUCCUUUCAGUCAGGGCUUUUUUCCCUUCAAUGAUUCUUGUCCUCAUUCCUAGGAGUGCUCAAGGCCAGGCUGGAUGGGACUUGGAGCAACCUGGUCGAGUGGAAAGAGUCAUUGGUUGCAAGUGGAUGAUUUUUUAGGUCCCUCCCUGCCCAAAACAGGAUUGUGUGCCGAUUCUCAGUAUCUUUCCAAUUGUGGUAUCACUGUUUGUAUCCAAAAAAAGGGAAAUACAGGCGUUGCCACCUGUCUGCCUCUCCAGCAGGCAGAGUUUUCCAAGUUCUUACUUCCUUUACUUGUAUCAGUUGUCAAUUCCAGGCUCCCAGGAGGAGAUGCUGAGCUUCAGCUGGAUGACCAGCUCAAGUGUUUUGGAGAUUUUUGUUUCAUAGACACCAGGGGUAACAAUUCUGCAGUAUCUAAAGAAAAGGAUUGCUCCAGCAGUUUUUCCUUCCUGCCUCUGAGCAAUCCCUGAGCAGGGCAGAGGAGUGGAAGUGAGCAGGAUAGGUUAUGUGAGUGCUCAAACAGCCCUGCAGCAGCUCCAAGUCCAAUCUCUCUCUCAAUUGCUUUUCUUAUCCACUUUUAAUAAGUCUUCUGCUUCUCCAAGCAGAUUUAUGUGGAAUAGGAGGAGCAUACUGCCUACUGCAUGCAGCCAGGAUAUUUUAGGAAUCAGUUGGAAUAACCUGUUGGUUGUAGCCAAGAGCUCAUCAGCUACAAGAAAUAUUCUGCUUCAGGAAUUAAAAACCUCUUGUUUCUUUAAGGAUUUUGUACAUCCUUUUACUGUGUCUGAAAGCAAUAACCUAGACUGCAUCAAUCUGUGCCAUACCUCAGAGCCAAUUAAGAACAUUUUUAUGAGAGAUUAAAAUGUUGUUUAUGCGAAAUCAAAAUCAACUUAAAUUAAGGGAACAAAAUCUUGUUAUUGGGAGGAAGGAUAAAGAGUGGAAUUUGUAAGGGAAUGUUUUCUGAUCCAGUUGACAACCUUUUCUUUUCAAAUUAAACACCUUGAACUCAUACAUAUUUUUAUAACUUGAAUUACAGUUUUAUAUUGUAUAACUCUGUGUACAUUUAAUUAAAAAUAAUUCCUUUAAAAAACCA